ACUCCCUCUGGCCGCCCGCCCACCGCUGCGCCAGCCCCAGGAUGGGUGCCCUGAGCUGGUGCCUGGCGCUGCUGUGGGCCCUCGUGGCCCUACUCUCGGCGGGCACGGCAGACACCCAGGACGGCGUGCAGCAGAGCUGGACGAGUCAGCAGCCUGAGAUGACUGCAGAGAGGCUCAGACAUGCUCACGCACAUGCGCUGCCCACCCGCACUCACAUGCUCACACACACACACAAGCAGGGACACACUCAGACCUGGGCAGGAGCGUGUCGUGGGCGGACGGGGAGCUUCCUACAGGGACAGCAUUUGUCCUGGGCUCCCUGGGCUGGGUCAGGCUGGCCUGCGGCCCCCUGCUGCCCCAGGGUGGCCAAUGAGGGGUCCUGGGGGUGGGGAUGGCGGCUGGUCCCUGCCUGGCCACGUUCGGGGUGUGACCUGGCUCCCUUCACAGCCCGGCACCUGACCUUCAUCCCGCCCAUCACUGUCUUCCCCACCAUGAGCCCCCUGAAUGCGGCCCACGGCGGGCGGGUGUGCAGCACUUGGGGCGACUUCCACUACAAGACCUUUGACGGCGACGUCUUCCGCUUCCCCGGGCUGUGCAACUACGUCUUCUCCGCGCACUGCGGCUCCGCCUACGAGGACUUCAACCUGCAGCUCCGCCGAGGCCUGCUGGGCUCCAGGCCUACCAUCACCCACAUCGUUCUCAGAUCACAGGGGCUCGUGCUGGAGGUCUCCAACGGCUCAGUCCUCAUCAACGGGUGGCGGGAGGAGCUGCCCUACAGCCGCGCGGGGCUCCUGGUGGAGCGGAGCAGUGCCUACGUCAAGAUCAACAUCCGGCUGAUGCUGACCUUCAUGUGGAACGGAGAAGACAGCGCCCUGCUGGAGCUGGACCCCAAGUACGCCAACCAGACCUGUGGCCUGUGCGGCGACUUCAACGGGCUCCGGGCCGUCAGCGAGUUCUACGCCCACAACGCCAGGCUGAGCCCACUACAGUUUGGGAACCUGCAGAAGCUGGACGGGCCCACGGAGCAGUGCCAGGACCCCCUGCCCUCUCCCGCUGCUGACGACUGCAGAGACGAGGAGGGCUUCUGCCGCCGCACCCUGCUGGGCCCCGCCUUCGCUCCAUGCCACGGGCUGGUGGAUACCGAGGUGUAUGUGGCUGCCUGCACCCAGGACCUGUGCCGCUGCCCCACCUGCCCCUGUGCCACCUUCGCCGAGUACUCCCGCCAGUGUGCCCACGCGGGGGGGCAGCCGCAGAACUGGAGGGGCCCUGACCUCUGCCCCCAGACAUGCCCCCUGAACACUCAGCACCAGGAGUGCGGCUCGCCCUGUGUGGACACCUGCUCCAACCCCGAGCGCUCCCAGCUGUGCGAGGACCACUGUGUGGACGGCUGCUUCUGCCCCCCAGACACGGUGCUGGACGACGUCACCCACACGGGCUGCCUGCCCCUGAGGCAGUGCCCCUGCACCCACGGCGGCCGCACCUACGCCCCCGGGGCCUCCUUCAACACCAGCUGCACCUCCUGCACCUGCUCCGGGGGACUUUGGCAGUGCCAGGACCUCCCGUGCCCAGGCACCUGCUCCGUCCAGGGCGGGUCCCACAUCUCUACCUACGACGAGAAACUCUACGACGUACACGGGGACUGCAGUUACGUCCUCACCAAGGUGUGUGCGGACAGCGCGCUCACUGUGCUGGCUGAGCUGCGGAAGUGCGGCCUGACCGACAACGAGAACUGCCUCAAAACAGUGACACUGAGCUUGAAUGGAGGGGACACGACUGUCCAGAUCCAGGCCAACGGCGGGGUGUUCGUGAACUCCAUCUACUCCCAGCUGCCCGUGUCUGUAGCGGACGUCACGGUCUUCAGGCCAUCGUCCUUCUUCAUCCUGGUGCAGACGGGCCCCUGGCUGCAGCUGCAGGUGCAGCUGGUGCCCCUCAUGCAGGCGUUCCUCUGGCUGGACCCCGCCUACCGCGGUCAGAUGUGCGGCCUGUGUGGGAACUUCAACCAGAACCAGGCCGACGACUUCCGGACCGUUGGUGGCGUGGUGGAGGCCACAGCCGCGGCCUUCGCCAACACCUGGAAGACCCAGGCCGCCUGCCCCAACGUCAAGAACAGCUUCGAGGACCCGUGCUCACUCAGCGUGGAGAACGAGAACUACGCCCAGCACUGGUGUUCCCUGCUGACCCGCCCUGCCGGGCCCUUCUCGCCCUGCCACUCCGUCGUCAGCCCUGGGCCCUUCCACUCGAACUGCCUGUUCGACACCUGCAACUGUGAGAAGAGUGAGGACUGCAUGUGUGCGGCCCUGUCCUCCUACGUCCGGGCCUGCGCCGCCCGGGGCGUGCUGCUCAGCGGCUGGCGGGACGGCGUGUGCACCAAGUACGCGAGCAGCUGCCCGAAGACCCAGAGCUACGCCCACGUGGUGGACAGCUGCCAACCCACCUGCCGCUCCCUGAGCCAGCCUGACGUCUCCUGCGACGUGGCUUUCGUGCCUGUGGACGGCUGCGUCUGCCCUCGGGGCACCUUCCUGGACGACGCGGGUGACUGCGUCCCUGCCGAGGCCUGUCCCUGCUACUUGCGUGGCACGGUGCUGGCUCCAGGGGAGGUCGUUCAUGACAACGGCGUGGUGUGCUCGUGUGUGAGCGGGAGGCUGAGCUGUCUGGGGGCCAUGGAGCAGAGCGCAGGGUGCGUGGCCCCUAUGGUGUUCCUCGACUGCAGCAACGCCUCUGCGGACGCGCCGGGGGCCGAGUGCGUGCGAAGCUGCCACAGCCUGGACGUGGACUGUUUCAGCACUCACUGUGUGUCGGGCUGUGUCUGCCCCGUGGGGCUGCUGUCCGACGGGAGCGGAGGCUGCGUGGCCGAGGAGGACUGCCCUUGUAUGCACAACGAGGCCGCCUACAAGCCCGGGGAGGUCAUCAAGGUCGACUGUAACACCUGCACCUGCAGGGGCCGCAGGUGGGAGUGCAGCGACCGGCCCUGCCUGGGCACCUGUGUGGCCUAUGGGGACGGUCACUUCCUCACCUUCGAUGGCGAGCGCUAUGGCUUCGAGGGGAGCUGCGAGUACACGCUGGCCCAGGACUACUGUGUGGGCAGUGACACGGCCAACGGGACCUUCCGCAUCGUCACCGAGAGCGUGCCCUGCGGGACCACGGGCGCCACCUGCUCCAAGGCCAUCAAGAUCUUCCUGGGGAGCUACGAGCUGAUCCUGCACGAGGGCACCCAUAGGGUGCUGCAGAGGGGGCCGGGCGGAGACCUGCCCUACAGGGUCCGGUACAUGGGCGUCUACCUGACCGUGGAGACCCAUGGCGGCGUGGUCGUGUCCUGGGACCGGAAGACUAGCGUGAUCAUCCGGCUGCGCCAUGAAUACAAGGGGAGGGUCUGCGGGCUGUGCGGGAACUUUGACGACAACGCCCUCAAUGACUUCACCACGCGGAGCCAGUCUGUGGUGGGUGACGUGCUGGAGUUUGGCAACAGCUGGAAGUUCUCCCCGUCGUGCCCGGACGCUCUGGCCCCCAGGGACCCCUGCACCGCCAACCCGUUCCGCAGGUCGUGGGCCCAGAAGCAGUGCAGCAUCAUCAACAGCGCCACCUUCAGCGCCUGCCGUUCUCAGGUCGACUCCACCAGGUACUACGAGGCCUGCGUGAGCGACGCCUGCGCCUGCGACUCGGGGGGCGACUGCGAGUGCUUCUGCACGGCCGUGGCCGCCUACGCCCAGGCCUGCCACGAAGCGGGCGUGUGCGUGUCCUGGCGGACCCCGGACGUCUGCCCUCUGUUCUGCGACUUCUACAACCCGCACGGGGACUGCGAGUGGCACUACCAGCCCUGCGGGGCUCCCUGUCUGAAGACCUGCCGGAACCCCAGUGGGCUGUGCCUGAUGGAGCUGCCAGGCCUGGAAGGCUGCUACCCGAAGUGCCCGUCCAGCAAGCCGUUCUUCAAUGAGGACCAGAUGGAGUGUGUGGCCCAGUGCAGCGGCUGCUACGACGGAGAUGGGAACUACUAUGAUGCUGGCACGAGGGUUCCCACCACGGAGAACUGUCAGAGCUGUGCCUGCACCCCCAGCGGCCUCCAGUGCGCUCACAGCCCCGAGGCCUGUACGUGCACCUACGAGGGCAGGACCUACGCCUAUGGGGAUGUCAUCUACAACACGACCGACGGGCUGGGCGCCUGCCUGAUCGCCAUCUGCAGAGACAAUGGGACCAUCGUCCGGAGGGCCGUGGAGUGCCCCGGAACCCUGUCUACAACGCCCUUCACCUUCACCAGCACCGCAGCUCCGCCCUCCACCACGGGCUUGGUCCCCACCCCGUCCACUGUGUGUGUGCGGAACGUCUGCCACUGGUCCAACUGGUAUGACGGAGGCCAUCCAGAGCCAGGCAUGAGCGGGGGAGAUUUUGAAACAUUCGAGAACCUGAGGCAGAGGGGCUACCAGGUCUGCCUGGCCCCCGUGGACAUUGAGUGCCAGGCGCAGCUACUCCCAGACAUACCCCUGGAGAAGCUGGGCCAGAAGGUGGAGUGCAGCCGGGACAAGGGCUUGACUUGCUUCAACAGCGAGCAGAGCCCCCCACUCUGUCUCAACUACAAGCUGAGGGUCCUCUGCUGCGACUAUGUGCCCUGUGUCACCAGCCAGCCUCCAUCCUUGCAGACCACGCCCAGCACAGGAGCCAGCCACCCACCCAUGGCAGCGUCCACCUCACAGUCCCCAUCCAGCAAGCUGACCACAACCACGACCCCACAGGGCAGCAGCUCUGUGUUCCCGGCCACCACCACCUGUGAGCCUCACUGUCACUGGACAGAGUGGUUCGACGUGGACUACCCCAAGUACGAGGAGGGCGGCGGGGACUUCGAGACCUAUGAGAAGAUCAGGGGUGCAGGAGGGGCUGUGUGCAAGCAGCCCCAGGAGAUAGAGUGUGAGGCCGAGAACUACCCUGGCCUGACGCCGGAGCAGGUGGGCCAGCGAGUGCACUGCGACGUCCACGUCGGCCUGGUCUGCAGGAACGACGAGCAACUGGGCCUGUUCAAGAUGUGCUACAACUACAGGAUGCGUGUGCUGUGCUGUGAGCACGACCGCUGCACGCUGCCCACGGCCCCCACGGCCCCCACGGCCACGGCCACCACCUCCACAGCCACAGUGCCCACGGCCACCUCCUCCAUAGCCACUGCCACCACUGCCACUGCCCGCACUCCUACAGUGCCCACAGCCACCUCCACUGCCACCAUCUCUACAGCUGCCACCUCCAAUGCCACAGCCCGCACUGCCGCGGUUGUCACUGCCACAGUGCCCACGGCCACUGCCAGAGUGCCCACUGCGAAUGCCACCGUGACAGUGUCCAUGGCCACCCCCUCCACAGCCCCUGGCACCACUGCCACUGCCCCCACUCCUACAGUGCCCACAGCCACCACUGCCACAGUGCCCACGGCAGCAACCACCACUGCCACAGUGCCCACCGCCACUGCCACGAGUGCUACAGUGCCCACAACCACCACCUCCAUGGCCCCUGCCACCACUGUCACUGCCCCCACAUCUACAGUGCCCACAGUGACCACGGCCACAGUGUCCAUGGCCACCGCCUCCACAGCCACAGUGCCCACGGCCACCACUGCCACGACAGCCACAGCUACAGUGCCCACGGCCACCGCCUCCACACCCACUGCUGCCACUGCUGCCACUGCUGCAGUGCCCACAGCUACUACAGCCACAGUGCCCACGGCCACCACCUCCACAGCCACUGCCACAGUGCCCACGGCCACCACUGCCACAGUGCCCACUGCCGCCAUCUCCACUGGCACAGUCCCCACUGCCUCUGCAGCCUCCAGCACCACCUCCACUGCUGUGCCAACACCCACACAGACCAGAACACAGACGGGGAGCACAGUGGUCACCAGGUCCCCUGCCAGCAGUGCCACACCAGCGCCCGCCCUUUCCACGCGACUCACGACCCGAGGGACGGCCUCGAGUCCAGGCCACACAGGCACACACCCCACAUCUCCGCCAGGAUCCACAGGGCCCACCUCCCCGGGGACAGCCACGUCGGUCCUCCCAACUCAGAAAACCUCCCAGGGGCCCACCUCGGUGUUGGCAACAACUCAAACCUCCACAGCUCGGCCGCCAACAGAAACAGCACUGAGUACAACACGCACCCCAUCCACCCAGCACCCCGAGACCAGCACCCCAGCCCCCACGACGGCCACCACCAGCCAGGGCACGACCAGCUGUCAACCCAACUGCAAGUGGACAGAGUGGUUCGACGUGGACUACCCCAAGUACGAGGAGGGUGGCGGGGACUUCGAGACCUAUGAGAAGAUCAGGGAUACUGGAGGGGCUGUGUGCAAGCAGCCCCAGGAGAUAGAGUGUGAGGCCGAGAACUACCCUGGCCUGACGCCGGAGCAGGUGGGCCAGCGAGUGCACUGCGACGUCCACUUGGGCCUGGUCUGCAGGAACGACGAGCAACUGGGCCUGUUCAAGAUGUGCUACAACUACAGGAUGCGUGUGCUGUGCUGUGAGCACGACCGCUGCACGCUGCCCACGGCCACCACGGCCCCCACGGCCACGGCCACCACCUCCACAGCCACAGUGCCCACAGUGACCACUGCCACAGUGCCCACGGCCACUGCCAGAGUGCCCACUGCGAAUGCCACCGUGACAGUGUCCAUGGCCACCCCCUCCACAGCCCCUGGCACCACUGCCACUGCCCCCACUCCUACAGUGCCCACAGCCACCACUGCCACAGUGCCCACAGCAGCAACCACCACUGCCACAGUGCCCACCGCCACUGCCACGAGUGCUACAGUGCCCACAACCACCACCUCCAUGGCCCCUGCCACCACUGUCACUGCCCCCACAUCUACAGUGCCCACAGUGACCACGGCCACAGUGCCCAUGGCCACCACUGCCACAGUGCCCACUGCCGCCAUCUCCACUGGCACAGUCCCCACUGCCUCUGCAGCCUCCAGCACCACCUCCACUGCUGUGCCAACACCCACACAGACCAGAACACAGACGGGGAGCACAGUGGUCACCGGGUCCCCUGCCAGCAGUGCCACACCAGCGCCCGCCCUUUCCACGCGACUCACGACCCGAGGGACGGCCUCGAGUCCAGGCCACACAGGCACACACCCCACAUCUCCGCCAGGAUCCACAGGGCCCACCUCCCCAGGGACAGCCACGUCGGUCCUCCCAACUCAGAAAACCUCCCAGGGGCCCACCUCAGUGUUGGCAACAACUCAAACCUCCACAGCUUGGCCGCCGACAGAAACAGCACUGAGUACAACACGCACCCCAUCCACCCAGCACCCCGAGAUCAGCACCCCAGCCCCCACGACGGCCACCACUGGGGCCACCACCAGCCAGGGCACGACCAGCUGUCAACCCAAGUGCAAGUGGACAGAGUGGUUCGACGUGGACUACCCCAAGUACGAGGAGGGUGGCGGGGACUUCGAGACCUAUGAGAAGAUCAGGGAUACUGGAGGGGCUGUGUGCAAGCAGCCCCAGGAGAUAGAGUGUGAGGCCGAGAACUACCCUGGCCUGACGCCGGAGCAGGUGGGCCAGCGAGUGCACUGCGACGUCCGCUUGGGCCUGGUCUGCAGGAACGACGAGCAACUGGGCCUGUUCAAGAUGUGCUACAACUACAGGAUGCGUGUGCUGUGCUGUGAGCACAACCGCUGCACGCUGCCCACGGCCACCACGGCCCCCACGGCCACGGCCACCACCUCCACAGCCACAGUGCCCACAGCCACCACGGCCCCCACGGCCCCCACGGCCACGGCCACGGCCACCACCUCCACAGCCACAGUGCCCACGGCCACCUCCUCCGUAGCCACUGCCACCACUGCCACUGCCCGCACUCCCACAGUGCCCACGGCCACCACCUCCACUGCCACCAUCUCUACAGCUGCCACCUCCAAUGCCACAGCCCGCACUGCCACGGUUGUCACUGCCACAGUGCCCACUGCCGCCAUCUCCACUGGCACAGUCCCCACUGCCUCUGCAGCCUCCAGCACCACCUCCACUGCUGUGCCAACACCCACACAGACCAGAACACAGACGGGGAGCACAGUGGUCACCGGGUCCCCUGCCAGCAGCGCCACACCAGCGCCCGCCCUUUCCACGCGACUCACGACCCGAGGGACGGCCUCGAGUCCAGGCCACACAGGCACACACCCCACAUCUCCGCCAGGAUCCACAGGGUCCACCUCCCUGGGGACAGCCACGUCGGUCCUCCCAACUCACAAAACCUCCCAGGGGCCCACCUCGGUGUUGGCAACGACUCAAACCUCCACAGCUCGGCCGCCGACAGAAAUACCACUGAGCACAACACGCACCCCAUCCACCCAGCACCCCGAGACCAGCACCCCAGCCCCCACGACGGCCACCACUGGGCCCACCACCAGCCAGGGCACGACCAGCUGUCAACCCAAGUGCAAGUGGACAGAGUGGUUCGACGUGGACUACCCCAAGUACGAGGAGGGCGGCGGGGACUUCGAGACCUAUGAGAAGAUCAGGGGUGCAGGAGGGGCUGUGUGCAAGCAGCCCCAGGAGAUAGAGUGUGAGGCCGAGAACUACCCUGGCCUGACGCCGGAGCAGGUGGGCCAGCGAGUGCACUGCGAUGUCCGCUUGGGCCUGGUCUGCAGGAAUGACGAGCAACUGGGCCUGUUCAAGAUGUGCUACAACUACAGGAUGCGUGUGCUGUGCUGUGAGCACAACCGCUGCACGCUGCCCACGGCCACCACGGCCACCACGGCCACGGCCACCACCUCCACAGCCACUAUUACAGUGCCCACGGCCACCACGGCCCCCACAGCCACGGCCACCACCUCCACAGCCACAGUGCCCACGGCCACCUCCUCCGUAGCCACUGCCACCACUGCCACUGCCCGCACUCCUACAGUGCCCACGGCCACCUCCACUGCCACCAUCUCUACAGCUGCCACCUCCAAUGCCACAGCCCGCACUGCCGCGGUUGUCACUGCCACAGUGCCCACUGCCGCCAUCUCCACUGGCACAGUGCCCACUGCCUCUGCAGCCUCCAGCACCACCUCCACUGCUGUGCCAACACCCACACAGACCAGAACACAGACGGGGAGCACAGUGGUCACCGGGUCCCCUGCCAGCAGUGCCACACCAGCGCCUGCCCUUUCCACGCGACUCACGACCCGAGGGACGGCCUCGAGUCCAGGCCACACAGGCACACACCCCACAUCUCCACCAGGAUCCACAGGGUCCACCUCCCUGGGGACAGCCACGUCGGUCCUCCCAACUCAGAAAACCUCCCAGGGGCCCACCUCGGUGUUGGCAACGACUCAAACCUCCACAGUUCGGCCACCAACAGAAACAGCACUGAGUACAACACGCACCCCAUCCACCCAGCACCCCGAGAUCAGCACCUCAGCCCCCACAACGGCCACCACUGGGGCCACCACCAGCCAGGGCACGACCAGCUGUCAACCCAAGUGCAAGUGGACAGAGUGGUUUGAUGUGGACUUCCCCACCUUGGGGGUCAUGGGUGGAGACAUAGAGACCUACGACAAUAUCCGGGCUGCAGGUGGCAAAAUGUGCCAGGACCCAGAGAAGAUUGAAUGCCGGGCAGAGAACUACCCUGAGGUCAGCAUUGACCAGAUCGGGCAGGUGCUCAGCUGCAGCCUGGAGACAGGGUUGGUGUGCAGGAACGAGGACCAGAGAGGGCCUUUCACCAUGUGCUUCAACUACAACAUCCGUGUUUACUGCUGUGAUGAUGUCCAACACUGCCCCACCACAGCCACCCCAGGCCUCCGGUCCACUUCCCUGCCCCCUGGCAGCUCCACAGCAACGGGGCCAUGGCCCCCAACCUCCACCACGACCUGGCCCCCAUUCUCUUCCUCCAAGGUCCUGCCCAUGACCCCGAAGCCAACUUUGACUGGUGCCCCCUCCACAGUCACUGUGGUGACUUCCCACGUUCUUGAGUCCACCUCUGUGACCAACCUGCUCCCCAGCCCAGUGAUGCCCACUACCAGGGCCACCACCCACACCCAAUUCCUGCCACCCACAACCUCCAAGGGCACGACACAAAUCACAGAGCUCCCCACCAGGCCCUCUGAGACCACAAUCAGACCCCCAGUCACCACACUCAGCACAGGCCAGGCUACCUCCAGCACAGGGGCGGGCACCAGAACCUCCCUAUCCCCUCCGGGGCCUGAGCCCAGCACCUCCUCACUGGGCACUACCCUGGGCCCCCCCACCACCACCAGCUCUGUGGCCACUUUGUCCUCCCCAAAGACCCACACCUCUGGGACCACCUUGGUCCCCACGUCCCCAGGGACUGAGUCCACCACCUGUGAACGUCGGUGUGCCUGGACAGACUGGAUGGACCAGAGCUACCCAAUGCCAGGGGCUUAUGGGGGGGACUAUGAGACCUAUGCUAACAUCUGGGCGGCCGGUGGGGCUAUCUGCGAGCAGCCUCUGAAGCUGGAGUGUCGGGCUGAGGAGCUGCCGGACAUCCCCCUGCUGGACCUGGGCCAGGUAGUACUGUGCGAGCUAGAGGUGGGCCUGGUGUGCCGGAACCAGGACCAGAGUGGCCAGAUGUGCUUGAACUACCAGAUCCGCUUGCUCUGCUGUGACAAGAGCUACUGCCCCAGCACGGCCAUCACCACCUCCACCCCCACCAGCAAGACAGGACUGUCCUCCACAGCGACCACAGAGAGGGUCUCCAUCCCCACGAGUGUGACAGGACCUUCCUCCACGGUGACCACCGAGAGGGUUUCCACCCCCAUGAGUUUGCCAGGACCCUCCUCCACAGUGACUUCAGGGGUGGUCUCCACAACCACCAGUGUGAAAGGACCCUCCUCCAAGGCGACCACAAAGAGGGUCUCCACCCCAACAAGUGUGACAGGAUCCUCCUCCAAGGCAACCACGGAGAGGGUCUCCACCCCCACGAGUGUGACAGGACCUUCCUCCACAGUGAUCACAAAGAGGGUCUCCACCCCCAAGAGUGUGACAGGACCCUCCUCCACAGCGACCACAGAGAGGGUCUCCACCCCAACAAGUGUGACAGGACCCUCCUCCACAGCGACCAUGGAGAGGGUCUCCACCCCGAGUGUGACAGGACCCUUCUCCACAGUGAUCACAAAGAGGGUCUCCACCCCCACGAGUGUGACAGGACCCUCCUCCACAGCGACCACUGAGAGGGUCUCCACCUCCACGAGUGUGACAGGACCCUCCUCCCUGGUGACCACCAAGAGGGUCUCCACCCCCACGAGUGUGACAGGACCCUCCUCCCUGGUGACCACCAAGAGGGUCUCCACCCCCACGAGUGUGACAGGACCCUCCUCCACAGCGACCACUGAGAGGGUCUCCACCUCCACGAGUGUGACAGGACCCUCCUCCCUGGUGACCACCAAGAGGGUCUCCACCCCCACGAGUGUGACAGGACCCUCCUCCACAGCGACCACUGAGAGGGUCUCCACCCCCACAAGUGUGAUGGGACCCUCCUCCACGGUGACCAGCGAGAGGGUCUCCACCUUCACCAGUGUGACAGGUCCCUCCUCCAUAGCGACCACUGAGAGGGUCUCCACCCCAACAGGUGUGCCAGGAUCCUCCUCCAAGGCAACCACGGAGAGGUUCUCCACCCCCAUGAGUGUAACAGGACCUUCCUCCACAGUGACCACUGAGAGGACCUCCACCCCAACGAGUGUGCCAGGACCCUCCUCCACAGCGACCACUGAGAGGGUCUCCACCCCCACAAGUGUGACAGGACCCUCUUCCGCAGCGACCAUUGAGAGGGUCUCCACCUCCACGAGUGUGACGGGACCCUCCUCCACGGUGACCACCAAGAGGGUCUCCACCCCCACCAGUGUGACAGGUCCCUCCUCCACAGCGACCAGCGAGAGGGUCUCCACCUCCACGAGUGUGACAGGACCCUCCUCCCUGGUGACCACUGAGAGGGUCUCCACCUCCACGAGUGUGACAGGACCCUCCUCCAUGGUGACCACCGAGAGGACCUCCACCCCCACCAGUGUCACAGGUCCCUCCUCCACAGCAACCACGGAGAGGGUCUCUACCCCCACGAGUGUGACAGAACCCUCCUCCACGGUGACCACAGAGAGGACAUCCACCCCCACCAGUGUGACAGGACCUUCCUCCACAGCGACUACCGAGAGGGUCUCCACACCCACGAGUGUGACAGGACCCCCUUCCACAGUGACCACCGAGAGGGUCUCCACCCCCACCAGUGUGACCGGACCCUCCUCCACAGUGACCACCGAGAGUACCUCCACCCCCACAAGUGUGACAGGACCUUCCUCCAAAGGGGCAACUGUGAGGACCUACACCCCCACGAGUGUCCCAGGACCCUCCUCCACAGUGACCUCAGAAAGGGUGUCAACCCCCACCAGUGUGACAGGUCCCUCCUCCACAGCAACCACGGAGAGGGUCUCUACCCCCACGAGUGUGACAGGACCCUCCACCACGGUGACCACGGAGGGGACAUCCGUUCCCACCAGUGUGACAGGACCUUCCUCCACAGCGACCACUGAGAGGAUCUCCACACCCACGAGUGUGACAGGACCCUCUUCCACAGUGACCACGGAGAGGACAUCCACCCCCACCAGUGUGACAGGACCUUCCUCCACAGCGACCACCGAGAGGGUCUCCACACCCACGAGUGUGACAGGACCCUCUUCCACGGUGACCACCGAGAGGGUCUCCACCCCCACCAGUGUGACCGGACCCUCCUCCACAGCGACCACUGAGAGGGUCUCCACACCCACGAGUGUGACAGGACCCUCCUCCACAGUGACCACCGAGAGGGUCUCCACCCCCACCAGUGUGACCGGACCCUCCUCCACAGUGACCACCGAGAGGGUCUCCACCCCCACCAGUGUGACAGGACCUUCCUCCACAGCGACCACCAAGAGGGUCUCCACACCCACGAGUGUGACAGGACCCUCCUCCACAGUGACCACCGAGAGUACCUCCACCCCCACCAGUGUGACCGGACCCUCCUCCACAGUGACCACCGAGAGUACCUCCACCCCCACCAGUGUGACAGGACCUUCCUCCAAAGGAACCACUGCGAGGACCUACACCCCCACGAGUGUCCCAGGACCCUCCUCCACAGUGACCUCAGAAAGGGUGUCCACCCCUACCAGUGUGACCGGACCCUCCUCCACAGCAACCAUGGAGAGGGUCUCUACCCCCACGAGCAUGACAGGACCCUCCUCCAUGGUGACCACUGAGAGGACAUCCACCCCCACCAGUGUGACAGGACCUUCCUCCAAAGUGACCACCGAAAGGGUCUCCACACCCACGAGUGUGACAGGACCCUCUUCCACAGUGACCACCGAGGGGGUCUCCACCCCCACCAGUGUGACAGGACCUUCCUCCACAGCGACCACAGAGAUGGUCUCCACACCCACGAGUGUGACAGGACCCUCUUCCACAGUGACCACCGAAAGGGUCUCCACCCCCACCAGUGUGACCGGACCCUCCUCCACAGUGACCACCGUGAGGACCUCCACCCCCACCAGUGUCACAGGUCCCUCCUCCACAGCAACCACGGAGAGGGUCUCUACCCCCACGAGUGUGACAGAACCCUCCUCCACGGUGACCACGGAGAGGACAUCCACCCCCACCAGCGUGACAGGACCUUCCUCCACAGCGACCACCAAGAGGGUCUCCACACCCACGAGUGUGACAGGACCCUCUUCCACGGUGACCACGGAGAGGACAUCCACCCCCACCAGCGUGACAGGACCUUCCUCCACAGCGACCACCAAGAGGGUCUCCACGCCCACGAGUGUGACUGGACCCUCUUCCACGGUGACCACGGAGAGGACAUCCACCCACACUAGUGUGACAGGACCUUCCUCCACAGUGACCACCAAGAGGGUCUCCACACGCACGAGUGUGACAGAACCCUCCUCCACGGUGACCACGGAGAGGACAUCCACCCCCACCAGUGUGACAGGACCUUCCUCCACAGCGACCACCGAGAGGGUCUCUACCCCCACGAGUGUGACAGAACCCUCCUCCACGGUUACCAUGGAGAGGACAUCCACCCCCACCAGUGUGACAGGACCUUCUUCCACAGCGACCACCGAGAGGGUCUCUACCCCCACGAGUGUGACAGAACACUCCUCCACGGUGACCACAGAGAGGACAUCCACCCACACCAGUGUGACAGGACCUUCCUCCACAGCGACCACCGAGAGGGUCUCCACACCCACGAGUGUGACAGGACCCUCUUCCACGGUGACCACGGAGAGGACAUCCACCCCCACCAGUGUGACAGGACCUUCUUCCACAGCGACCACCGAGAGGGUCUCUACCCCCACGAGUGUGACAGAACCCUCCUCCACGGUGACCACAGAGAGGACAUCCACCCACACCAGUGUGACAGGACCUUACUCCACAGCGACCACCAAGAGGGUCUCCACACCCACGAGUGUGACAGGACCCUCUUCCACAGUGACCACUGAGAGGGUCUCCACCCCCACCAGUGUGACAGGACCUUCCUCCAAAGGGACCACUGUGAGGACCUACACCCCCACGAGUGUCCCAGGACCCUCCUCCACAGUGACCUCAGAAAGGGUGUCUACCCACAGCAGUGUGACAGGUCCCUCCUCCACAGCAACCACUGAGAGGGUCUCUACCCCCACGAGUGUGACAGGGCCCUCCUCCACGGUGACCACGGAGGGGACAUCCAUUCCCACCAGUGUGACAGGACCUUCCUCCACAGCGACCACCGAGAGGGUCUCCACCCCCACCAGUGUGACAGGACCUUCCUCCACAGCGACCACCGAGAGGGUCUCCACACCCACGAGUGUGACAGGACCCUCUUCCACGGUGACCACCGAGAGGGUCUCCACCCCCACCAGUGUGACCGGACCCUCCUCCACAGCGACCACCGAGAGGGUCUCCACACCCACGAGUGUGACAGGACCCUCCUCCACAGCGACCACCGAGAGGGUCUCCACACCCACCAGUGUGACCGGACCCUCCUCCACAGUGACCACCGAGAGGGUCUCCACCCCCACCAGUGUGACCGGACCCUCCUCCACAGCGACCACCGAGAGGGUCUCCACCCCCACCAGUGUGACAGGACCUUCCUCCACAGCGACCACCGAGAGGGUCUCCACCCCCACCAGUGUGACAGGACCUUCCUCCACAGCGACCACCGAGAGGGUCUCCACACCCACGAGUGUGACAGGACCCUCUUCCACAGUGACCACCGAGAGGGUCUCCACCCCCACCAGUGUGACAGGACCCUCCUCCACAGCGACCACCGAGAGGGUCUCCACACCCACGAGUGUGACAGGACCCUCCUCCACAGCGACCACCGAGAGGGUCUCCACCCCCACCAGUGUGACAAGACCUUCCUCCACAGUGACCACCGAGAGGGUCUCCACACCCACCAGUGUGACCGGACCCUCCUCCACAGUGACCACCGAGAGGGUCUCCACCCCCACCAGUGUGACCAGAUCCUCCUCCACAGUGACCACCGAGAGGGUCUCCACCCCCACCAGUGUGACAGGACCUUCCUCCACAGCGACCACCGAGAGGGUCUCCACACCCACGAGUGUGACAGGACCCUCUUCCACAGUGACCACCGAGAGUACCUCCACCCCCACCAGUGUGACAGGACCUUCCUCCAAAGGGACCACUGCGAGGACCUACACCCCCACGAGUGUCCCAGGACCCUCCUCCACAGUGACCUCAGAAAGGGUCUCCACCCCCACCAGUGUGACAGGUCCCUCCUCCACAGCAACCACGGAGAGGGUCUCCACACCCACGAGUGUGACAGAACCCUCCUCCACGGUGACCACGGAGAGGACAUCCACCCCCAUCAGUGUGACAGGACCUUCCUCCACAGCGACCACCGAGAGGGUCUCCACACCCACGAGUGUGACAGAACCCUCCUCCACGGUGACCACGGAGAGGACAUCCACCCCCACCAGUGUGACAGGACUCUCCUCCACAGCGACCACGGAGAGUACCUCCACCCCCACGAGUGUGACAGGACCCUCCUCCACAGCAACCACUGAGAGGGUCUCCACCCCCACCAGUGUGCCAGGAUCCUCCUCUACUGCGACCACAGAGAGAACCUCCACCCACACCAGUGUGACAGGACCCUCUUCCAUGGUGACCAUGGAGAAGACCUCCACCCCCACCAGUGUGACAGGCCCAUCCUCCACAGCGACCACGGAGAGGGUCUCCACCCCCACCAGUGUGACAGGACUUUCCUCCACAGUGACCACAGAGGGGUUCUCCGCCCCCACGAGUGUGACCGGACCCUCCUCCACAGCAACCAUGGAGAGGGCCUCUACUCCCACGAGUGUGACAGGAACCUCCUCCAUGGUGACCACUGAGAGGACAUCCACCCCCAUCAGUGUGACAGGACCUUCCUCCACAGCGCCCACCGAGAGGGUCUCCACACCCACGAGUGUGACAGGACUCUCUUCCACAGUGACCACCAAGAGUACCUCCACCCCCACCAGUGUGACAGGACCUUCCUCCAAAGGGACCACUGCAAGGACCUACACCCCCACGAGUGUCCCAGGACCCUCCUCCACAGUGACCUCAGAAAGGGUGUCAACCCCCACCAGUGUGACAGGUCCCUCCUCCACAGCGACCACCAAGAGGGUCUCUACCCCCACGAGUGUGACAGGACGCUCUUCCACGGUGACCACGGAGAGGACAUCCACCCCCACCAGUGUGACAGGACCUUCCUCCACAGCGACCACCGAGAGGGUCUCCACCCCCACCAGUGUGACCGGACCCUCCUCCACGGUGACCACGGAGAGGACAUCCACCCCCACCAGUGUGACAGGACCUUCCUCCACAGCGACCACCGAGAGGGUCUCCACCCCCACCAGUGUGACCGGACCCUCCUCCACGGUGACCACGGAGAGGACAUCCACCCCCACCAGUGUGACAGGACCUUCCUCCACAGCGACCACCGAGAGGACCUCCACCCCCACGAGUGUCCCAGGACCCUCCUCCACAGCGACCACUCAGAGGACCUCCACUCCCACGAGUGUGACUGGACCCUCCUCCACAGCAACCACUGAGAGGGUCUCCACCCCCACCAGUGUGCCAGGAUCCUCCUCUACUGCGACCACGGAGAGAACCUCCACCCACACCAGUGUGACAGGACCCUCUUCCAUGGUGACCAUGGAGAAGACCUCCACCCCCACCAGUGUGACAGGUCCCUCCUCCACAGCGACCACGGAGAAGGUCUCCACCCCCACCAGUGUGACAGGACUCUCCUCCACAGUGACUACAGAGGGGGUCUCCACCCACACGAGUGUGACUGGACCCUAUUCCACAGUGACCACUGAGAGGACCUCCACCCCCAUGAGUGUGACUGGACCCUCCUCCAUGGUGACCACCGAGAGGGUGUCCAUCUCUAGUCCCUCUGCCUUCCCGGGGUCCUCACCCAUGACCGCCAAGCCAGACUUGUCCAGUUACUCACCCACAGGUCACCUGUUGACCUCUCCCGUAUCGACUACUCCUGGGUCUCCACCCACUACUCCCUCCUGGUCCUCAGGGACUUCCGGCAGCCUGAUGCCCUCCAUUGUUCCCACAACCUCGCCUAGCCCCACCACACCCUGCCUUUGCCACGCCUUUGGGAAGUUCUUCCUACCAGGGGACAUUGUCUACAACAAGACAGAUGCAGCGGGCUGCCCCUUCUUAGCCAUCUGCAACCAGCGCUGUGACCUUGACCGCUUCCAGGGCGCCUGCACCACCUCCUCACCCCCAGGGACCUCAGCCUCUGUGCCCCCAACCACCCCAGUUAGCGGCUGUGAUCGCACAAUCCCUCCUCGAAAGGUGAACGAGUCCUGGCUCCUGGAGGACUGCACGGUGGCCCGUUGUGAAGGCGACAACCGUAUCACCCUGCUGGGGCCACGGCCGAUGAGCAGCGUCACGUGCGUGAACGGGCAUCUGCCCGUGAGGGUGCAGAACCAGAGCCAUCGCUGUGACUACCACUACACGUGCGAGUGUGUCUGCAGCGGCUGGGGGGACACCCACUAUGAAACCUUUGACGGCACCUCCUACUCCUUCUGGGACAACUGCACCUAUGUCCUCAUGCGCGAGAUCCAGCCACGCCAUGGCAACCUCCGCAUCCUGCUGCACAGCCGCUUCUGUGAGGCCGCCGCCCACUGCCCCCGUGCCCUAAGCAUCCACUACCAGUCCAUGGACAUCGUCCUCUCCACCACCACCAGCGCUGGUGGGCAGGAGGAAAGCCUGAUCCUGUUGGACCAAACGCGGGUGAGGCAGAGCUUCAGCAAGAGCGGCGUGAUCGUGACCCUGACCGGGGCCACCGGGAUGCGCGUCGACAUUCCCGCCGUCGGUGCCGUCAUCACCUUCAACGGGCGGGUCUUCCAGGCCCGGCUCUCCUACAGCCGUUUCAGUCACAACACCGAGGGCCAGUGCGGCACCUGCACCAACAACCGCGGGGACGAAUGUCGCCGGCCGGAUGGCACCAUGGCCCGCACCUGCCGGGACAUGGCCCGGUCCUGGCUGGUCUCCAACAGCAGCGUGGAGGGCUGCGGGGUGCCCACCGGCCUGCCCCCAACCACCAGCCCCCUCUUGCCGGAAACCAGCACGCCCGCCAUCCACCCGUCGUGCCCCCCAGAGCCCCUCUGCGAGCUGAUGCUGAGCUCGGUCUUCGCCGGGUGCCACAGCCUCAUCCCGCCUGGCCCGUACUUCAACGCCUGUGUCAGUGACAGCUGCUGGCCCGGCCGCGGCCGCGAGGUGCUCUGCCAGAGCCUGGAGGCCUACGCAGAACUCUGCCGCUCCCGAGGCGUGUGCCCCGACUGGCGCAAUGCCACUCACGGGCUGUGCGACCUCACCUGCCCGUCCGCCAAGGUGUACAAGUCUUGUGGCCCUGUGCAGCCGGAGUCCUGCGACUCCAGGAGCCAGAGCCCGCUGAGCGUUGGGCUGGCAGAGGGCUGCUUCUGUCCCGACGGCCACAUCCUCUUCAAUUCUCACAGGGACAUCUGUGUGCCCGAGUGCCCCUGUGUGGGACCGGAUGGGCUUCCCAAAUUCCCUGGAGAGCGGUGGGUCAGCAACUGCCAGGACUGCGUGUGUGACAAGGACAGUGUGUCAGUGCAGUGCACGCCCGUGCAGUGCCCGGCCCCAGACCAGCCACAGGGAUGUGGCCGGGCCGGCUCUGUGGCCCUGAGCAGGCCUCUGGCGGACAACCCAUGCUGCAUGGAGAAUCUGUGUGUCUGCAAUGCAAGCACGUGCCCCCAGAGCCCCCCUGCAUGUGGGCUGGGAGAGAAGCUGGUCCGCACCCAGGUGGAGGAUGACUGUUGCCCCACCUUCAGCUGCCAGCCUCUGCUGUGCACCUUCAAUGGCACGUUCUAUGGGGUUGGUGCGACCAUCCCAGGGGUGACUCCGUGCCACACGUGCACCUGUCUGUCCAUGGGCAGUGAGGACCCGACUGUGCGGUGUGAGGAGGAGGCCUGUAAUACCACCUGCCUCCAGGGCUUUGAGUACUCCACGGUGGCCGGGCAGUGCUGUGGGGAGUGCGUGCAGACCGCCUGCCUCGCACCGGACGGUCAGCUGGUCCAGCUCAACGAGACCUGGGUCAACAGCCUCGUGGACAACUGCACAGAGUACCACUGCCAGGCCAGGGACGGACCCCCUAUGCUGACCCCAACGCCUGUGGUCUGCCCCGAUGUGUCCACCUGCAAGGGCAUCCUCAAGAAAAUCGGCUGCUGCUACCAUUGUGUGCAAACGGACGCCUGCCAGGUCCACACCAACAUGACGGUCCUGCGACACCGGGGCUGCGUCACCCAGGCCGCCGUCAAGGUCUCUUUCUGCGAGGGCUCUUGCCCAGAAGUGUCCCGGUACUCCAUGGAGGCACAGGCCAGGCAGUGCAGCUGCUCCUGCUGCCAGGAGACCAGGACCCACCAGGAGGUGGUGACCAUGCAGUGCCCCGACGGGACGGCCUUCCAGCACACCUACACCCACGUGGACGAAUGCAGCUGCGUCCCGGUCUGCGCAUCCUCGCCUCAGACUCUCGAGGAAAGCUCAUCCACCUUCCCAGUCUUGGGGUCCACCACUGUCUGA